AUGAUAAUAAUUGUAAUAGUUGUUUUUUUAUUUUAUUUUUCUUUUUUAAAUUUAAAUUUAAAUCCUAAAAAGAAAAGACCACCUUCUCCAAUUACUUUGCCAGUAAUUGGGAAUUUAAUUUCUUUAUUAAAUAAUCAACCACAAAAUAUUUUAUUUAAUUAUUAUAAAAAAUAUGGUAAAAUUUAUCAAUUACAAUAUGGUAUUGUAAAUACUGUUGUAUUAUCUGAAUUUGAUAUUUUAAAAGAAGCAUUCAUUGAAAAUGGUGAAGUUUUUAUUGAAAGAUAUAAUAAAAUUACUAAAAAAUUUAAAUCUUCAGAAAAUAUUGUAAAUUCAAAUGGAUUAAUAUGGAAAAAAUUACAAUCAAUUUCAAUUCAAGAAUUAUCACCAAAUAUAAAAAUUAAAAAAUAUGAACCAAUGAUAAUCAAUGAAACAAAUAAAUUAAUUGAUAGUUUCAAUGAACAUAUAAAAUCAAAUGAAUCAAUAGACCCAACAUUAAAUAUUAAAAUUUGUUUUUUAAAUAUAAUUAUAUCAUUUUUAUUUAAUUUUAGAUAUAAUGAUUAUAAAGAUGAAAAAGUCAUUCAACUUGUUGAUUAUAUACAUUCUAUAUUUAGAAUGGGGUCACAUCCAAUUCCACAAGAUUAUAUUCCAAUUUUAAAUAAAUUUUAUAUAAAUAAAACUACAAAAAUUCAUCAAAAAAUAUUUGAAAAUAUAUAUGAAUAUAUAGAAAACCAAGUUCAAAAACGUUUAGAAAUUUUAAAUAAAAAUAAUAAUAAUAAUAAUAAUAAUAUAAAUGAAUGUUUUGUUGAUUUAUUAUUAUUAAAAUUUAAAUCAAAUCUAUUAACUUGGAAUGAAGUUAUAAAAACAACAACUGAUUUAAUGAUUGCUGGAUCUGAUACAAAUUCACUUUUUACAAUUCAUUUAAUUAUUGCAUUAACAAAUAGAGAAAAUAUUCAAAAUAAAGUAUUUAAUGAAAUUUUAAAUUUUUAUAUAUUAAAUGAAAAUAAUAAAAUUACAUUUUCAAAUAAAAGUAAAACACCAUAUUAUAAUUCAGUUUUAAAAGAAGUUGAAAGAAGAUUCACAGUUUCCCCAUUAUCACAACCUCAUAGAACAAAUAAAGAUAUUAUAUUAAAUGGUUAUUUCAUACCAAGUGGUUCUCAAAUUAUUCAAAAUGUUUAUUCUUGUCAUUUAAAUGACAAAGAUUGGGAAAACCCAUUCCAAUUUAAUCCAGAUAGAUUUUUAAAUAAUAAUCAAUUAGAAAAGAAAUUAAUUACAUUUGGAAUGGGUCCUAGAAAUUGUUUAGGUUUUCAAUUUGCAUUAAUGUCAAUAUGGAUUGUAAAUUUAAUAUUAUUUAAAUCAAUUAAAUUCUCUUCAAAUAAAUUAAUUGAAGAAGAAAUUAGAGAAGGCGGAACAACAUUAUCACCAUUUCCUUUUAAAAUUAAUUUAAUAAAAAGAUAA